AUCUCAUCUCUAAUUCCAAACAAAACCCCCCGAAUUCUCCACCUCGUCCCCAACAAUUUUGAUUCACCAAUAAAUUAAAUAUGAUACGUCAUACGUGUCCCCCCAAUACCCCCAUCGCAAUAAACUCGUCGGGUAUCAAAAGUGCUACAUAAAUCAUACCAACUCUCACUGAUAAACCGAACAAGUCUCAGAAGCCAUCGACCUCAUCAUCAAUUCCAAACGCGUGCUAGUGACUGAUCAAUUCACCAGAGCUUCGACCAGCUCAUUAAAAAUUACUGAUUAAUUUUUUUUACAAGACACUAAUCAACGAGCUGUCGUAAUCGGCACGUGGCACAGCCUCAUCGACCUCUGAUUAAUCAUCGAUUGGAUGAUAAAGAGUGUAAGCAUUUGUUUUGGUGAUACAUCGAUGAAACAAUGGCUUGAUGCACUCAGCACAUACCUCCCACCCCUCGAAGAAUGUCGGAAAAACAAAGGCAAUACUUCAAGUGCAAUUGUUCAAGGCCCCUCGCAGUGUCGAUUCGUAUGACCAAGAAUUAUUUUAUGAGUUUACAUGGGUGAGAGGUACUUUUAAUUAUUUCUGCUGGAUCCUGUUGAGCUGAUCAGCAGCCACCAGGGAUCAUUAAAAUGUCAAAAGGACUCCCGAAAAAUGUGGCCGAGUGGAGUAACGAGGAGGUGGCAAUGUGGCUGAAGGAGACUGGACAUUCGGGGGUUGUCAGACUGUUCGAGGCACAUGACAUCGAUGGAAAGGCCCUCCUGAGCCUGAGGGAGGACGAUCUCAAGAGUCAGGGAAUGAAUUUGGGGAAGAUCGGGGAGAUUAAGAGACUGUACAUUAGUAUUAAAAAAUUGCAGAAGGAAAAUGUUGCGUUGCUAUUUGAACUGGGACAGAUUGAGUUCUUCUCCAGUAAUUUUUAUAGUCAACAGAGGCACGAGUUACCAAGCACAACUUCCAACAACGAAAGCUCGAUAGAGCAUGAGUUUUACUCUGCCUCGGUGUCGGAUGAUGGUCAUGCCUCGCAUUUACCCCCUGAAAUCUGGAAAACAGUGAUAAGCCUCGGAUAUUUAUUCAUCGUGACCUGGAUAACUGCAUUCGUGAUGGUGAUAGUUCACGAUCGUGUCCCUGACAUGAAAAAAUAUCCCCCCUUGCCAGAUAUAUUUCUGGACAAUGUUCCCCAUAUACCCUGGGCCUUUGACAUGUGCGAGGUGACAGGGACACUGCUGUUUGCCAUUUGGCUGGCUGUUUUAAUUGUUCAUAAGUACAGAUUUAUAUUGCUGAGAAGAUUUUUCGCACUAUCUGGCACUGUCUUCCUCCUCAGAUGUGUCACAAUGUUAAUAACCUCGUUAUCAGUCCCUGGGGCUCAUCUCCAGUGUCAACCAAGAGCAACUCCGGAUGAUCCUUGGGCUAGAACUGCUUAUGGAGAAUUGUAUAAUAAAAUAUCCAUGGCAUACGUCAUCUGGAGGGGCGCUGGGAUGUCUAUUCAGGGUGUGAGAACCUGUGGGGACUACAUGUUCAGUGGACAUACUGUUGCAUUGACGAUGUUAAAUUUUUUUAUAACUGAAUACACACCGAGAACGAUGUACUUCCUACACACCUUCACCUGGAUGCUCAAUAUGUUUGGAAUAUUCUUCAUUCUUGCAGCUCACGAGCACUACUCCAUCGACGUGUUUGUCGCUUUCUACAUCACAUCGCGUCUGUUCCUCUACUAUCACACCCUCGCUAACAAUCAGGCUCUCAUGCAACGUGACUCCAACAGGACUCGCAUAUGGUUUCCCCUGUUCAGCUUUUUUGAGUCCUCGGUCGAUGGAAUAGUCCCCAACGAGUACGAGUCACCUUCUAAAAUUAUUUACAAUAUUGUCUGCACAAUCAGGGAUAUCUGCUUCUUCGUCAAGCAGAGAAUGAUGCAAAAGACUAAUUUCGAUGUGAGUGAGGAUAAUUCGAAGAAGAAACUAUGAAAAUUCAUUGUGCCUAGGUUAUCAAUUAAAUUUAUUGAAAAAUUACGGUGGUAAUUAAUUUAUUCAAUUCGAUUAUUCUUUCUCAGUUGAAAGAUGAAUAAUUCAUUCGCGUAAUUAAUCGGUAAAUUUUCAAUGAGACGAUCGAUUUUUUCCAGUGAUGUCAAAGUAUUUUUCAACUUCAAUUUUAAUUAUAUUUGAAUUCUGUUUUAGUUUAUUUAAAUUUGAAUGAUAUACUUUUUCAGUGAAAAAAAAUUAGUUUUUAUAUUUUUCGUAGUUAGGGGGUCAAAUAGGCCUUUUUUAAUGUACUUUAGGGACAACUUAAAUUUAUCUGAUGGGGUAACUGUCGACUCCAUUUGGAAAAAUUGAAAAUUAAUAGUUUUUUUUUCUGUUGUUAAGCUAGUUUCUAUUGUUUAUCCUGUGAAUAAAUUAUGAAACGAUGGAGAACUUCAUAUUUUUGUACACAACGACUGGUGUUAUAUCGACGAUCAUCAAUUAUUGAUUAAGUAAUUUAUUUAACGGAGAAAUAAUGUGUAAAUGAAUUCAUGACUUCGUAAUUUAUGUAAUAAAAGUUAUAGAAACAAAAA